UGAGCCUACUCUGGGAGCCGGCGCCCCCGCCAGCGCCCCUCCCCGGCCCGACAGCACUGCCGGCGGUUCUAGGAAGACGUCGCUUCCGGGAAGGGCUGGGACACAGAGGACAAAAGAUUAGGCGGCUCGCCCCGCCCCACCCUCCCGGCCCGCCCCCCGCGCCCUCCCGGCCCGCCAGCGCCUUGGCCUCUCAGUCCCAUCCCGUCGCCGGUGCGCCCUGGGAGCCUGCCUUACGAGCGAGACCUGCGCUCACGGGCUCCCUCCAGCCUCCACCGUCCGGCUGAGCCUCAGCUCCGGAGCUGCCGCUGCCGCUGCCGGGACAUGGUCCUCUGCGUUCAGGGGUAAGCGCGGCUCGCCGUCCCAGCCGGGCGACGGCGCCCGGCGUUCGGGAGAGUACCGCCUCGUGCUAGCUGCCGGCUAUUGAGAGGGCUUGACGGGUCGGAAAUGACCGAGUGCGGAAGGACCUCAGGGUGACAACAGGGAAUGGUGACAACACCGUCACCACCCUAUUCGCACUGUGGGUAGUGAAACUGGGGGUCGGCUGGCGACGGGAGGAACACCGGGUAGCCUAAGCCUGGGUUCUGGCUGGAGCAGCUGAACGCCAGCGGAGUUUAUCCUCCAAGACGUGGCUCACCUGCCCAGACCCCCUUCUGGGCCCAGAGCGCUCUACCCUAGCCUGCAGGCCGCAGGGCCUACUGCUGACAUUAGGUUAGCCCCUGCCCCUCUCCGAUUUCACUGUUCUGCCAUGGGCUAGCAAUUAGGCUUUUCUUGGGAAGCCAGUCUGAGAUCCUCACCUCCCCCCAGGUUGGCUGAGCAGCAGGUCUUGGAAGAGCCUGAAUUUUGCCCGUGGCACCCCCACAACUGCCUUGCCCCUCCUCAGUCCAGUCUGGGAUCCCAGUGAGGACUUGACUGCUGCCUCCCUUCUCCAACUUUCCUCAAAGACUAGGAUGGUGUGGAGGCUGACCCUGUUCUUUGCUGGCUGUGGAGCAGAUCGGGCAGCGGCCCCUGUGGACCCAGUCCCUGGAGCUGCCCGAACCAGCUAUGCAGCCUUUGCCUGCCGGGUCCUUCCUGGAGGAGGUGGCAGAGGAGACCCCAGCCCAACCAGAGAGUGAACCCAAGGUGCUGGACCCUGAGGAGGAUCUGCUAUGCAUAGCCAAGACUUUCUCUUACCUCCGGGAAUCUGGCUGGUACUGGGGUUCCAUUACGGCCAGCGAGGCCCGACAACACCUGCAGAAGAUGCCAGAGGGCACGUUCCUGGUACGUGACAGCACCCACCCCAGCUAUCUAUUCACUCUGUCUGUCAAAACCACUCGAGGCCCCACCAACGUACGCAUUGAGUACGCUGACUCCAGCUUCCGCCUGGACUCCAACUGCCUGUCCAGGCCACGCAUCCUGGCCUUCCCAGAUGUGGUCAGCCUCGUGCAGCACUAUGUGGCCUCCUGUACUGCUGACACCCGAAGUGACAGCCCUGAACCUGCACCCACCCCAGCCCUGCCUACCCCUAAGGAAGAUGCGCCUGGUGACCCAGGACUGCCUGCCCCUGCAGUCACCGCCGUGCACCUAAAACUGGUGCAGCCCUUUGUGCGCAGAAGCAGUGCCCGCAGCCUGCAGCACCUGUGCCGCCUUGUCAUCAACCGUCUGGUGGCUGAUGUUGACUGCCUGCCACUGCCCCGGCGCAUGGCUGACUACCUCCGACAGUACCCCUUCCAGCUCUGACCCACCUGAGCAUCCGCCUAGCCUCACCCAAACAUACCCUGGAAGGGACACAGGCCCCAGCUGGACUUGGGCUCCCAUCGUCCCUCCUCCAGUUAUCCUAGUGACUGCAAGCACCUGACAGCUGGACCAGGAAGAGUUAGCAGGAGCAAGGCUGGGGGUGAGGGGUAGAGAAAAGUGUCACACAACUUGAAGGUCAACACCCCCAGCUCCCAUGUGGCUCCGUUGUGGUGAGCCAUGUGUCAGAAGAGAGGGAGACAGGCGGGACCUUGUCUCACCUUGUGGGUGAGGCCCAAGCCCCCACUUGCCUGUUGUGGGCUCCUGAACUGUAUAGACUUUGCCAGCCCUGGUGUCUCAGUCCACAGGGUGGGGCAGGCCCCCUCCUUCUAGCCAGCCUGUCUCAGGAAGGAUGGCUGCCAGAGGAACUGAGGUUGACAGUGACAGUCCCUUGAUGGGGGAACAGGCCAGGCUGAGGGACUACAAAGUUAUACAAUAUUUAUUUAUUUAUUCUCCUUGGGUUUGUCUCAAGGUGAGGCAAUCCCACCUCUCUGCCCUGAGUCCUGAGUGCUCUGGAGACCCCAGCUCUGCCCCAACUUCUCUGGUUCCUCCUGGUGGAGAGCCCCAUCCUGAGACAUGUUGCUGGAUCCAAGGCAGUUCUGGAUAUCCUGGUACUGACCCACCCACCUGUGAAUGUGUGCACCCUCUUCUGCCCCCAGCCCUGUUUUGGGAGGGUGGGAAAGUGGACAAGAAAAUGAAGCCAAAGUGUCAGUGCCCAGCAGAGCCUGCCACUCACCCCCUCGCAGGACAGAGCCCUGUCUGCACAGAGCUGGUCUCGGUGGGGCACCAGCCUGCGGGAGCGUGUGUGCGGUGUCAGGAAGCAGCAUGUUGGCUCCACAGCUGCUGCUCCAGCUCUGCUGGGUCGGCUUCCUGCCAGGAAGGUGCCUGCACACGAGAGGGAAAGAAAUACCUAUCUGAUAAGACUUUAUAAAAUAAGUAUUAUAACAAGCAAAACCCAGUUUGGUAGUCUUUUUUCUUCCACUGAUUUUUCUGUAUUGACAAUAAAAUUGUACUUUUCAUUUAAGGAGACCUCAGUGAGACCUCUUUUGAGUUCUUACACAAUUUGUCCCCUUUUAUAUUAUUUUCCCCCCCUUUACAUCUGGGUCAGCUGGGGCCCAGUGACCUGUGGCUGAGCAGGUCCUGCUAGGGGACCCUUUGAAGAGUCGGGGAGGUACAGGGAGCAGCCUUCCUCUCUCAUUACCUCUUGCUCCCCUUGGAGGAUGGGAGGCAGGAGGUGAAGGCCAGCUGGACUGCCUGCAGGGUCAUUGACCAGGUGACUGCCAGGGCGGGGGAUGGUGGCAGAGGAGCACCAACUGGAGAGAUGUGUAAACAGGAGAUAUCAAUUAAAGACUGGAAGUGGAUAAUGCUGGGGGAUGGGUGCUGUGGGGGCACCCACUCCUGGAGGCAGUGUCUUUUGAGAGGAGGAAGCCAACAGAGAAGUCAGGGCCAGUCAUUCCAGUGAGAAAGUACAGGGAGUACAAAAGCACCAGGGCAUGACUGGGAAGCUCAUAUUCCCUACCAACCACAAGGAGGCCUGAGGAAGUAGUCAUGCUGUGCAGUGGGACAGAACAAUGGAGUUGGGGAUGGCAGCCAGUAAGCUGGCAGGGUCUGGCCUGAGGUGGGACCUGGUGAGGUUCUGGCACAGGCCAGUUGGGGUUGGGGACCCUCUCCUUUCAGGGCCCUACACACCAGAAGUAGAUGGAAGAGCAAUUAAAAUGAAAACUCUCCAUUAUCUGAUGGUCUGACUUUGUAAUGUAAAUUCCACUGUGUCCUGAAAUUUUCUGCACCUUCACUUGAAUAACUCAUAGGAAAGAUCCUCUGAAGCUCAUUCAUAACCUUCUAACCCUUAUUUUAGAAAUAGUCCUAACCUUCCUGUUUUCUUGGGACUUAGAUGAUUAGAAGAGACAAAUGCUGGAAGAUUGAGAGCAGGAAGGUGUAAGGACUGGUAUGUUGAUGACACGGAGGAGGCAGGAAGGGAUGGAUAGAUAAAAAGCCAAACGUUAUGGGCAUGCAGAUAGUUAUGGCAAAGAAUAGAGCUGAUACUGGAUGUGAGUGAAUAAGAGGCGAGCGAAGGCUGACUUUACUGGGACUAGUGCCCAGGCCCAGGUGCCCAGCCAGGCACCUUCUCUGUUGCUGGCUGCAGGGCCCGACGGCACACCUCCUCCAGGUCACCAUGACCUGCCAGGGAUGUCUGCUGUUCCUCAUUGCUUCAGCCUGGAUCUCAGCCCCUUUGUGACUCCCAAAGUGCCUGAGGUGACCCCGCUGUCUGCUCCACCUACAAAUCUGAGUCACCCAAUGGGUGAGUAGUAGACACAGAGGGGCUGAAGGCAGGGUGUUCCCCACU